UUCGACUCUGUUGGCCGGCAACGCGGACUAGACAUCUAGCUUUUUAUAUAUAUCUAUCCUCUUCAUUAUAACCAACGAAGAAGCGGACAUAACACCAGUGCAUUCUGGGAUCUAAAAUGAACCACAAUGGCGGUUAAACAAAAAGCACGUCAUGCCCUCACAGUUGCGAGUUUACUUUUAGCCCUUCUACACCAACCAUGGCGGACUUUCGCCGCAGAGCUGACGUGGGAUCCGAGCGGCUAUGUGCUGUACUGCCCGUGCAUGGGUCGCUUCGGAAACCAGGCAGAUCACUUCCUGGGAUCUCUCGCCUUCGCGAAGAUGCUGAACCGAACCCUGGCGGUCCCUCCCUGGAUCGUGUACCGCCACAACACCCCUCCUUACACCAACGUGCACGUUCCCUACAGUGAGUUCUUCCAGCUGGAGGCGUUGUCCGCCUACCACCGUAUAGUCAGUCUGGAGGACUUCAUGGAGAAGCUGGCGCCCAAACACUGGCCCCCAAGUCAGAGGACAGCCUACUGCUUUGAGACUGCUGCGCAGCGCAGUUCCGACAAGAAAUCUUGCCCCAUGAAGGAUGGGAACCCGUUUGGUCCGUUCUGGGACCAUGUCGGUGUGGACUUCGAUGCGUCGGUCCUGUAUGCUGGUAUCUCCUUCAGUGCCCACCAUCAACCUCAGUGGAUGAAGAGGUUCCCCCCCUUGGAGAACCCUGUCUUGGCUCUGCCCGGUGCUCCAGCCCAGUUCCCAGUGGCAGAGGAGCACGUGGGCCUGCAGCGCUUUGUGGUGUGGUCCAACAAGAUGAUGGAGAAGGGGGAGAAGCACAUAGCCUCCCUGCUGACCAGGCCGUACGUCGGCAUUCACCUGAGGAUCGGCAUUGACUGGCAAAAUGCCUGCAAAAUGCUGAAGAGCGGUGAAGCCGGGCCUCAUUUCAUGGCCUCUCCACAGUGCGUCGGCUACAACCGGCAGAAGGCCCUGCCUCUGACCAUGAACAUGUGCCUCCCCGAACUGGGGGAGAUCCGCAGGGCGGUCAAGCUGUGGGCGAAGAGGACCUCGGCCCGCUCCGUCUUCAUCGCCACUGACUCCGAAUCCCACAGCGUGGAAAUUGAAAAGCUCCUCAAGGGCAAGGUGAAAGUGGUGAGCCUUACACUGGACUUGGCCCAAAUGGACCUGUACAUCUUAGGCAGGGCUGACCACUUCAUUGGAAACUGCGUGUCCUCCUUCUCCGCCUUCGUGAAGAGGGAGCGGGACGUCCGCGGCCUCCCAUCCUCUUUCUUUGGCAUGGACCAGCCCGGGGUAUCGAAUCCCAAAGAAGAACUGUGAGCACGAGGGUGACGUCCCGCCGAGUGGGAGUGAGCAGAAGGCAGAGAGGAUUUAUACGAGACGCAAUGGUCCAUAAAGGCCCGUCUUUUGAAUGAGUUUUAGGCUGUGAGGAAAUAUGAUCAAUGCUGUACUAUUUUUGUCUGAUCCCUGCUUUAAAAUCCAGUAUGUGUUUUUAAGCCUCGACCACCCGUUUGUGUUCACUAUACUGAAGAUGUUUUUCUAGUCACAGAAACCUAUUUUCCCCAUUUAAUUUAGCUGCUGCCACAGUCUGCGUAAAGUCGCGAAAUUUAGCAGGAGCUCUGGUGAACCCGGGAAAAGAAGCGCAGCGGUAGCGGUCAUGUUCUCCCCCACCUGUCCAGCCCUCCUUGCCUUUCACAACUUGCGCUCUUUUUCUCCGCCCUCCAUUCCAAGGAGGGCUCAGUAAACUGAUCCUCCUCCACAUACUAAUUAUAGGGAGUAAAAAAGGAGACCCUCUCUCCCUCUCAAAUCAUCAUGAUCAAAACACUAAUUAAAAUAUGUAAAGUUUCACCAUUUUUUUAAGAGAUAGUAUUGUCAUUUGUGAAUGUCAACAAAUGUUUCAGGGAUAAUUUGGGGAAGAUGGAAGCAGUUGAUUUGCACAGGCUGAUAUGAUUAAGUGCAGGUGGGGAUGUUUGGCAAGAUAACUGCACUCAAUUUAAAGCUGAAUGGUUUCUAUAAAUUGUUUUCACAAUAAAGGGAUGCAGAGUCAUUUUUGAAUAACCAGCAGCCGGUCUCCCUUCCUGACUGGAAGC